AUGGCGGACGAAACCACUGAUGCUGCCGCUAGGGAGAAAAUUGCUCUCUGCCUUCGAUUUUAUGAUGCAGAGAAAAAAUGUCUCCGGGAGGAGUUCGUUGAGUUUGCCGAGUUCAUGUCUACCACGGGCGAAGCUCUGGCUAAUACCUUCCUCGAGAACCUUCAAGCUCUUGGAGUGAACAUUCAGCAAAUGCGCGGUCAAGGUUAUGAUGGUGCGUCGUACAUGUCCGGGAAGCAGAUGGGGGUCCAGGCUCGCAUCCAAGCCAUCGUCGCGAGAGCUGUAUACACUUACUGCAAUGCGCACUGGUUGAAUCUCGACACCAUAUCGUCAGCAACAGCGGAGAGGUCUUUUUCUACAAUGAGACGGGUGAAGAUAUACCUCCGUAGCACCAUGGGAACGGAGCGCAUGUUCGGUCUUGCCCUGUUGAAUAUACACCGAGAGCGAGAGAUCGAUCUGGAAGAGGUCGUUGACGUAUUUGCCAGACAAAAGGAGCGCCAAUGCACGUAUGGCUUCGUAGAGAUAAAAAAUACGGGGGAGCAUGCACCCGCACCCCCUAGCAUGCCAUUUGCGUACACUGAAAAUCAGCCCAGCUACGCCCCUGCUUUCCACAUUAAUUAUAAUGGUAUCCUAGUAGAGAGGCCCUCUAAGACGUCGGAAUAA